ACAUUGUAAAUUGUAAUCAAUUUUCGUUUUCUUUGGAGUUUGGAGUAUGAAGUAAAAGGAGUUGUUACUUGUUAACAUUCAACUGUUAACUGUUUACUUUUUUUCAAUAUGCCAUAAACGUGCCUGUAUGCGUGGUGCAUUUUACAGACAUCCUUUUCGCAGUACCGCGAAACCUUAAUUAGUUGUUAAACAAUUUAAAGAGUAUUUUUGAAUUGUAUUCAUGCAUUAUUGUUUGAAGUCAGUGGUACUCGACUUGUGUUUAUAAUACGCUAGGUUAGUUUAGUAUCGAUUCAUGAUGGUGAACGUAGCUAGUCUAGUGAACUCUAUUUUGGCAGAUGAUGGCUAUAACGGACUGUCCGAUGAUACCAAAAGCAAGUUUGAGCAGUAUUUACGCAACCCUACUACAAACCGCAAUGAAAUCGGGACAAAUACUUCAUCUGAAAUUAGAAAUCUGCCAGAAAUCGAUUUUGAUUUGCUCAAUAACAGUACUAGUAUUCGAGAAGCCAAGUUUUUGGAAUUACAAAAAGAAAUUGAUACAGUUAAUGAACAAUUCAAAAAUACAUUGAAACAAAAACAUGAUUUGAUGUUACACAAUGAUUCACUAUUAAAAAAUUUACAUGAAGCUGAAAUUAAGGAAAGAAUGACUAAAAUGGAUGAUGGAUUAUUACAACUAAAAAUUAAUGCCUUAAAUGAAAGUUUAUUAAAAUGCACAAAUAAAUUCUCAAAUCUUCAUUCAAAGUAUCAUAAAGAAAUAAAAGAAUUGAAACCAGAUUUAGAUGAAAAAAAAGCAGAGGUUUUGAUGUUAAAGAAUGAUGUUAAUUUAUUACAAAUAAAAUCUAAAAAUCAAGAAGAUACUAUAAAUAUAAUGAAACGUGAGAUUGAAGAGAUAAACCAUAUACAUAUAAAUGAAGUGGAACAAAUUAAAAAAGAAUUAACAAAUAAUGAAUGUUUAUUGAAUCAUUAUAAGGAUUGUUAUGAAAAUGAACUAGAACAAACAAAAAAACUAACAAUUGAUAUAUUAGAGAAUAGAGACUAUGUUAGUACAUUGACAUCAUCUUUAGAUGAUCUUGAAAAAAGAUUCUCAACACUUUCAAAUGAUCAUCAACAAUACAAAGUUACCUCGGAGCAUACAAUACGUGUAUUAAGAAACAAGUUAGAUGCUUCAGAAGAAAUAGUUAAACAAUUAUUUCCUGUUAAUCCAGACAAUCCAAAUUAUUUAAUAAAGAAGGGAACAACAAUAACUGAUGUUUAUGCUAUUUAUAAGGAGACAUGUUUAAAUUUACAAGAUACAACACUAGAACUUGAACACUGCAAGAGAAACUUCAAUAUUUUAGAAGAACAAAUUAGAAAUGCUGCACCUGAAGUUGAUAAAAUGGAAAAAGAUUUAAUUGAAUCAAAUGAAAAAGUUAAACAAUUAUGUGAUACUAUUUCAAGAUUAGAGUUGAAGUUGAAGGAUGUUAAUACUCAAUUAGAAUUGUCUAAUUCUAAAUGUGAUCAGUUAUCAAAAGAAAAUGAAAAACUUCAUGGUAUUGAAGAAGAUUUGAGCAAACAAGUAUGUUUCUUAUUGCGAAAUAACCAAUGUCAUACACGUUUUGAAAAUCGUAAUGUUGGGAAGGAUAUGAGUCCCCAAUCAAUUAUUUCCAAUAAUUAUGUUACAUUUGAAAAUAUACAAGGCUUGCAAAAACAAAACAAAAAAUUACUUGAAGUCCUUCGUUCUUUAUCCAAAGCAAAUGACGAACAAGAUAUAAAAUUAAUAAAAGAUUUAAAGGAUGAAAUUCAUGUUUUAAAAGAUAAAUUAGAAACACAGACACAAUUGAUCAACCAACAAAAGGAAAAAAUAACACAAUUACAAUCUUCAGAAUUAAAACCCAAAUUAACUGUACAGCUAAAUAAUGAGGAACAAAACAAAAUUCAAAGUCCUACUAAAACAACAUUAGAUAAUGCUGAUGAAUCUUUAAUAAUAGAGGAAAAUAUAGAAUAUUAUUCUUUAGUUCGUGAACUUAAUGUUUCUAAUAUUACAAUUAAAAAACUUAAAGAAAAACUUGAAUCUAAUAGUGUUGCUCGUACAAGAUUGGACCAACAUGUACAAGAGUUAAAUCUUCAAAUAAAUGAAUUACUAGAAAAAAUAAAAACCUCUAAUAUUAAACAUUCUGAAAAUGCAGAAAACAUAGAUAACUUGAAUGGCAAAAUAUUAUCUUUAGAAACAGAAAAUCAAGAAAUGAAAAUUGAAAUAGACAAAAUAAAAAGUCAAAGUAAUAUUUUAAAAAAAGAUAACGAUAGUAUGUAUAUUUCCAACAUGAAUUAUUCUCGUGAAUUGAGACAAAAAACAGAGUUACAAAAAGAAUUUGAGAAAACCUUAACCUCUCAAUUAGAUUCACUAAUAAUAAAUUGGAAUUUAACAUUAGCAUACAUUGCUGAAACUGACUAUGAUAAAGUUAAAUUCAAAGAGGAAUAUAAAAAAUUGACAAAAACAUUAAAGGAUGUUAGAGAUACCUUACUUCUAAAAUUGGAAGCCAUAGAUGACUUAAGUACAUUCAAAGAAAUAUCUCGAUCUAGAACAAAUUCAUUUAGUUUAUGUACAGAUGAACGAUCUAACUUCCAGAGUGUUGUUAAUAAGCUUGAGCAUGAAGUAAAAAAUCUAAAAUCUAAACUAAAUGAAAGUGACCAAUUGAAAAAUCAGUUAAAAUCUGAAUUAAAUGUUACCAAACAACUUUACAAAUCUUUAGAGGAAAAUUUAAAAAAAAUGAGUGAAUAUUCUUCACAGUUAGAAAAUGAGCGUGAAAUGAAAAAGAAAGAAUACUUAGAAAAAGAUCAACAAUUAAGUCAUGCUGUGCAAGAAUUAAGCGAGUUUAACUUAUCUCAAAAAGAUAACAUCAAUAAAUUGCAAAAUCAAUUGUUAGAAUAUGAGAUGAAACAUAGUAAAAUUUUAGAAGAAUUAGAAUCUGCAAAAGACCAUAGUGAUGAACUAUUGAAAAAUAUUUCAAAACAAAAUAAUACCAUAUUGACACUUGAAGAAGAAUUGAAAAAGUCUAUUAAUGAUAAAGAUAGAUUGGAAAAAGGACUUAAUCAUAAAUUAGCGCAUUAUAAAUAUAAAUUAGAAAGAUUUGAUGCAUUAGAAUUAUUUAAUACAACUAAAUCUGCAGAAAUAGAUCAUUUAAAAAAUCAAAAAGCUGCUAUGGAAAAGUCUAUUGAAGAAAUAAAAGAAAUGCAUAAUUUACAAUUAAAAAAAUUAGACGAUGAAAUAAAUUCUCUAAAAGAUACAAUUAAACGCUGGCAAUUUGAAAAUGAACUAUUAUCAGAACAAUUUAAAACAACCACUUUUGAGCUUAUUAACCAGGAACGAUUGAAUAACAGUAAAGUAUCAGAUAAAGAUGAUAGCUUUAACAACACUUCUUUAAGUACAAAUAGUGUUGAUAAACAAUUCUUGAAAAUGGCAAAUUUGAUUAAUAUCUUGAAAGAUGAAAAAAAUUCAAUCAUUUUAGAGUUUAAUGAAACAAUUGCUGAAUGCAAUAAAUUGAAAUCUGAUUUACAUUAUAAAUCUAAAGUUAUCGAUGACAUGCAAACACAAAUGAAAGAACUAAGACAGUUACAUACAUCCGGUUCAGUUAUGAAUAAUGAUCAUUCAAAAAUUCUAGAAAAGAUAGAGCUAUGUAAUCAAAUAGAAGAAAAAAGUAAGAUCUUAGAAGAAAAAAAUUUACUAUUAACCAACCAACUUAAAGAGUUACAAGAAUUAGACGCAAAAAAAACUGCCGAAAUUUGUGCUUUAAAAGAUGAUAUGUCAGGAAUGCAAAGUGAAAUUGAUCAAAAAACUUCUGAGGUUUUAUCUGUAACAAAGAACUUGUCAAGAUGGAAAGAACGAUCAAAUGGUACACAUUCUGAUGCAGAGUUUAAACAACUGUUAAAUACAUUAGAGCGAGAAAAAGGAAAAAUGGCUACUGCACUUGAUCAAUUAAAAUCCAUGAAAUCAGAUAAAUCAUGUCUUGAAGAAUUGUUAAAAAAAUUAGAAACUGAUCAUUCAGAAGAACUAAAUAUUGCAAAACAAGAAAUACUUAAAUUAAAAACUAAAAUAGUUUCUACUAAUAAAGCUAUGGAGACGUUUAAAAAUAUUAUCAAGUCCUACAGACAAAAGUUAUCAGAUGUAGCAUCAGAAAUAUACAAAGUUAAAGUAUUAGCUAGACGUUAUAAACAUCAAAGUGAAGAGUUAAAUAAUGCAUUAAGUACAGAAAGAAGCUCAUGGCAGACUAAAUUUGAUGAACUUCAGCAAGGGGGGAGUAAAAUAUCUCUAGAUCUUGAAGAACGCAAAAAACUAAUAGAACAAGCGAAACAAGAACAAAAAGCUGAAUUUGAAUCUAUCAUAAAUGAACAUAAAGCCAAAGUUCUAGAAGCUGAAGCUGGUUUAAAUGCUGCAAGAUCUGAGGUAAAAGAUACAAAAGCUAAAAGUGAAGAUAAAGAAAUGCGUGCGAAACAGCUUUUACAACAUGUUAGAAGUAGGAUUCAAAAUCUUACAAGAGAACUUGAUACUACUAAAAAACAACGUGAUGGCUUAAUAGCUCGAUUAGAUCAAGCAGAAAGUGGUGGUCGAAUGCAGGAAUUUCAAGUUCAAAUGUCACGUAUAGAAGCAGAAAAUCGUAAAUUAAUUGCAGAAAAAGAACAGAUCACCGCAGAAAAAGAUCGCUUGUCUCAUGAUAUACAAAUGUUAAAUCAUAGAGUUACAGCUUUAAUGAGACAAUUUUCAAACCAACAGGUAAAACCGUCUACUAGUACUGGCCCUGACAAACUUGCUGUUGAACCUCCUACAGCUAAUAUUAAACCUUUAGGGCCUGCAGUUAAUAAACCACAAACUGUACAUCAAUCCGUUACAGUUAACCCAUGGCGAUCUGCAGCUGCAGAAACACCAUUGGCUAGUAUUAAGCCCAUGACAAUGCAACCUAGAAGUGUAGUAGUAUUACCUACUAGUCAAACAUCGUCCACAUCAAGCCAAAGUUCAAUGAGUGGAACUAGUAGUAGUACAACUAUUACUGUUCACCCGCAGCAACCACAGUCUGUUGAUAUCAGUAGUAGUGGAGGUAAUGCUUUAGACUCUUCAGAAGCUAAUAGCACAGCACAAAGCCGUCAUUUAACAAGCAGUACUUUAGUACAACAUGUUGAAGGAUCUGAAUCAAUGCCUACUGUUUCUGAUUCUAAUGAAACAACUGCUGCUACUCCCCCUUCAAUCUUACCGCUACAACAGUUAAUAGGAAAUGCAGCAACUCCAAGCGUUACUGCAGCACAAGCAAGUCCAGCCAUCAGUAUAGCUUUGGUUGUACCACAAGGCAGGGAACAGGUACAAACAACUGUAUCUCAACCAACUACAGUGUCUGUAUCAACAGUAUCUCCUUCACAAAGUCAAUUAGACAGAUACAGUGUGCAAAAUGAAAAUGGCCAGGCAAUGGAAAGUAGUAACAGUAAUAUUGCUAGUUCUUCAGCCCCAGGUCCUUCAACAGAAUCAGAACCAUCUGUUGUUACUGCUUGUACUAGUGGACCUAGUUGUUCCUCUCUAGACACUACAACACACUCUAACAGUACUCAAAGAAAACGAAAAGCUGAUCUUCUCGUGACUUCAUAUAUGAAAAGAUCUAAAUCUUUUAUGCCUAGAGAAGAAAAUCGUAGAGAAAUGGAAUAUGAAGCACCUACAUCCUCUCAGAGAGAUUCAGAAGUUAGCAAUUCUUAUAUUGGUCCUGAGAGUAAUCCACAAGAUAAUAAUAAAGAAGUUGAAGCAAGUACAGAUAUGGAAGUAACAAGUGAGGCAACCCAUGAAAAUAAUGAGGUUGACUUAACAAGCCAAGAAUGUACUGCUGACACAAAUAAUAUGAAUGAAACUAAUGAUAUUCAAAAUGAAGAAACAGAGCAAAUAACGGGAGAAAAUACACCAGAACAUUCAUCAAAUGCCGAAGCCACUGCUAUGGCUGUUAUUGAAGAAGAUUCACCAGAAAUUAUUCAUUUUCAAGAAUUUCAAAAUACACCUGUUUCUUCAGCGAGUUGUGAAGAGACUAAGACUACUGAUAAUGUAUCAUCAGAUGCAGAAUCAAGAGAGAAUGAAAGUGAUUCAACUCCAAUUGAACCUCAAGCUGGACCCUCAAGUGCCUUGGAUACAGUUGGAGUUUCUCAAUCAACUGAAACUGCUGAAACAGACACACUUGAUUUAGAACAAGAAACAGUUGAAAUUUUAUCAUCUGAAAAUGAAGAAGAAACUGUUGAGAUUAAAUCGAUUCACGAUAUUGAAGAACCCCAACAUGAUGAUAGCCCUGAUCAAGAACAGGAACAGGAAAUAAUUUCAGUCACCUCUUCCCCUAGCAAAGAUAAUGAAGCUGUUCGCGAGGAAUCUCCUGUUGCUGGACCGAGUGGUGUAACUAGUGAUUCAUCAGCAAAUGAACGCAAGCCUAUAACAUGGAAUGAAUCACCAUGAAAAACUACAAACAUUUAUUAAAGUUGUAAAAUAUGUUUAUUGGCUUGUUCCACAACUAAUGAUGUGCAUAUUAACUAUUUUGUAACUAAUUUUUUGUUUAUAAUCCUUUUGUAUUAAUAACUAGUAAAAUAAACAUAUUUCCCAAAUUUAAUUAAAUGUUUUGAUUAAAAUAUAAUAUACAUUAUAUUUUA